AUGGACAGCAGUCCAGAUAUCUCUGAACCUUCCACCGCACCCUCCUCCACCUGCAACACACCCAAAACCUUCCUCACCACCCUCGCCAAAUACGACCUCACCGAGCAAUCCCUCCUCCAAAUCCACAAUGACCUCGUCACUCUCGCCCGGGAAGCCGGCCAAAUGAUGCUGGACGCCGACCCAACGCUCCAACCCCCAACGACCAAGAAGAACACCAGCGACCUCGUCACCCUCACCGACCGCGCAAUCGAAACCAUGAUCCUAACCCGCCUCUCGGCCUCCCACCCCACCAUCCACUUCCUCGGCGAAGAAACCUCCAAGACCAACCAGCGCCUCACCCCCAACCCGACAUUCAUCUGCGACCCCAUCGACGGCACCCUGAACUUCAUCCACGGCUUCCCCAACACCGCCGUCUCGCUCGCCCUCGCCAUCGACAAGAUCCCCGUCGUCGGCGUCGUCUUCAACCCCUUCCGCGGCGACCUCUACACCGCGAUAAAGCACCGCGGCGCGUUCCUCACCACGCCCACCCGCACAUUCAAACUCCCCCUGAACCCCAUCCCCCGCCCGCUCCCCUCGCUGUCGAGCUGCCUCGUAGCGCUGGAAUGGGGCUCCGAACGCAGCGGCGCGAACUGGGAUCUCCGGACGCGCGUGGCGAAGACCCUGCUGUCUGCGAAGGAGGACGGGGCCGGGAAGAUGGUGCGGUCGAUACGGAGUUCCGGGUCCGCGGCGCUCGAUCUGUGCUACGUCGCUGCGGGCCAGCUCGACGUGUUCUGGGAGGGUGGGUGCUGGGCUUGGGAUGUUUGUGCGGGUUGGUGCGUGCUAGAGGAGGCGGGAGGGUUGGUCGUGGGUGCGAAUCCGGGGGAGUGGGAGGUCGAGCUCGAGGGGAGGAGGUAUCUUGGUGUUAGGGGGGCGAAGAGGGGGGAGCAGAGGGGGGUGGUGGGGGAGGUUUGGGGGGUUAUGGGGGAUGGGAGGUUUGUGUUUUGA